AUGGCCAGCGACAUCAAUACUCAUCCGGAGGGAGCGACCGAAUUUUGGCAGCAACACUUUGACGGCUUGAACGCCUCUGUGUUUCCUGCUCUGUCCUCCCAUUUGACUGUCCCGCGUCCCAACGCGCAGACAGCACAUCGCAUUUCCUAUUCAGCCUCGGCGAAGCAAAAAUGGGACAACACCAGCCUUUGCCGAGCUGCGCUCGCAAUACUGCUUGCCCGCUAUUCGAAUGCAUCUGAAGCACUCUUCGGCGUCUUGGUAGAACAGUCUCGCCCGUCCAACGGUGAACAGGCAUCGACAGAGGAAUCACCACAAAGCAUCCUCCCCAUCCGCAUCCGACGUGACCUUGAGGAAGCUGGGUUGGGCCUUUUGCAAGCUAUCAAUACCCUCGAUGCAGCUCUGCGCGAGUGGAAGCAUAUCGGUCUUGACGCCAUUCGUGGCACGGGAGAGUACGGGUCUGCCGGAUGCGAGUUCCAGACAGUACUUGCUGUCACUACUGGAAAGGCGCCACGAACGCAUAGACUCGCGUCUUGCACUGAUCGCGCCCUUUUGCUCGACUGCCGAAUGGACGACGAUUCGGCCACGCUUCUCGCACGCUAUGAUCCCAGUGUGAUUGAUGACCUCCAGGUCGCCCGUUUCCUAAAACAGCUCGGGCACGUGAUUGAGCAAUUGUGUGUCCAGGCAGUCGAUCUGCCUCUCUGGGAACUUGAUAUCGUCACGCAAGAGGAUAGCGCAGAGAUUCAAAAAUGGAACUCGCAGCAACUCCAAUUCAGCCAGGAAUGCAUACACGACCACAUCCAAUCACUUGACUUGGGCGAUGCAAAAGCGAUACCGCUUUGCUUCGAGAAGUCAAAAUGGGCUAUCGUCGGGAUGCUCGGUGUGCUCAAGGCUGGCCGAGCAUUCACACUGAUUGACCCAUCUAACCCGCCCGCUAGGGCUCGUCAGAUCUGUCGACAAACAGCCGCCACCAUUUCCAUCGCGUCUCCAUACCAGCGCGAUAUGAUGCGCGCUCUGGUGCCCGACUGCAUCGUGGUCGACGACGACUUUUUUAAGUCAUUGGCGUUUGAUGCAGGUCAAUUCCAGUUUACGGCAACGCCGCAGACAUUGGCCUACAUCCUCUUCACUUCUGGCAGUACCGGAGAGCCAAAAGGCAGUAUGAUGGAGCAUCACGGAUUUGUGUCUUGCUGUCUCAAAUUUGGUGCGGCGCUGGGCAUCAACAGCAACACACGCGCUCUUCAAUUUGCCUCUUAUGCUUUCGGUGCCUGCCUGCUAGAGAUUUUGACCACCCUAAUGCACGGCGGCACGGUCUGCAUCCCAUCCGAUGAUGAACGCAUAAAUGAUGCACCCGGGUUUAUCAGCCGCGCAAACGUUAACUGGGCAAUUCUCACUCCUUCUUUCAUUGGCGCCAUCCAGCCCACCACCGUACCUAACCUCAAGACGCUGGUAUUGGUGGGAGAAGCCAUGCCGUCAGACAUACGCGAUGUCUGGGCCUCGCACGUUCAGCUUAAAAAUGCCUAUGGCCAGAGCGAGAGUGCAACGAUCUGUAGCGUAACGGAAGUCACUCCCGCGACGGUGGAGGCGCACAAUAUCGGUCACGCUGUGGGCGCCCGAUUCUGGAUUACCGACCCCAAUAACCCCAACAAACUUGCGCCAAUCGGCUGCGUAGGCGAGCUGCUUGUUGAAAGUCCUGGCAUCGCGCGUGGAUAUCUGAUUCCUCUGCCAGCGGACGCAACGCCUUUCAUUGACACGCUUCCUGAUUGGUACCCAAGGACGCAGCCGCUCGACAACUUCAAGUUCUACAGAACUGGCGAUCUUGUCUGCUACCGAUCCGACGGCACCGUGGUGUAUCUGGGGCGACGAGACUCGCAGAUCAAGAUCCGAGGACAGCGCGUCGAAAUCGGCGAAGUAGAAACAUGCUUGCGACAACAGCUUCCCAGUCAACUGGUACCAGUUGUCGAAGCUGUCAGUCUGUCGGGCAUGUCCAAGAGCAUGACGCUGGUUGCCUUUCUGGUUGGCGAAAACACCAUUCUGGAAGAGGACGUUUACGUUUUGGAGGGCAGUGCCACGCAGCGCAUCAGUUCGAAACUGCGACAGAUUGUACCCGGGUACUGCAUUCCGUCUCACUAUAUUCGCAUCAACCAUCUUCCCACCACCGCUACUGGAAAGUCUGAUCGGAAAGCACUUCGAGCCAUCGGUACCAAAUUGCUUAGGGAAGCCGUGGAGGGCAUGGCGUCACAGGAGGAACAGGAGGGUGCUUCGUCAACGACCGAAGGGAUUGCACUGGAACGCAUUUGGUUCCAGAGCCUGGGUCUCAAGCCCAACUCCACGAGACACAAAUCUAACUUCUUCAAUCUGGGCGGCGACUCCAUUGCGGCAAUCCGGAUGGUGAACAUGGCACGGGCGGCAGGCUUGUUACUGAGCAUCUCCGACAUCUUUCAGAACCCCUCACUGGCGGGGCUCAUCAAUGUGAUGCAGCAGAGCUCGACUGCACAAGGUGCUAUUCCCACCACCGAGUACAGCGGGCCGGUCGAGCAGUCGUUUGCACAGGGUCGUUUGUGGUUCUUGGAUCAGCUCAAGACCGGCGCAUCGUGGUACCUAAUGCCACUCGCGGUCCGCAUCCACGGGCCGCUCCGCGUACAAGCCCUUUCCAGCGCCCUGCAUGCUCUGGAGCAGCGCCACGAGACGCUACGAACGACGUUCGAGCAGCAAGACGGUAUAGGCGUGCAGAUCAUCCACCCAAGCAGCAAGAAGGAGCUGCACGUCAUCGACGUGUCGGGUAAGCAGAACGGCGGCUACGAGCAGGUGUUGAAGCGAGAGCAGACAACACCCAUCGACUUGGCCAAAGAGCCCGGAUGGAGAGCCGCGCUGCUACGAGUGAGCGACGAUGAGCACAUCCUCUCGAUUGUCAUCCACCACAUCAUAUACGACGGUUGGUCGCUGGGCGUACUGCGUGAGGAACUCGGCGACCUAUAUGCGGCGGCGCUGCGAGGUCCCGAUCCACUCGCACACGUGACCCCGCUCCCGAUCCAGUACCGCGACUUCUCUGUUUGGCAGAAGCAGCCACAGCAAGUGGCGCAGCACCAACAACAGCUCGCGUACUGGAGAAAGCAGCUUGAAGACAGCGCGCCUGCAGAGCUGCUUACCGACUUCCCCCGCCCUGCCGAGUUGUCUGGCCGUGCCGGUGAGGUUCGUUUCACUAUCGAAGGCAGUGUCUUCGACAGCCUGCGCGUUUUUCGUCGUGUCCACCAGACGACAUCAUUCGCGGUGCUACUAGCCGUCUUCCGUGCUGCCCACUACCGUCUCACCGGCGCAGAGGACGCCACAAUCGGCACGCCCAUCGCUAAUCGUACUCGUGCUGAGGUCGAGAAGCUCAUCGGUUUCUUUGUCAACACGCAGUGUAUGCGCAUUGCUGUCGCCGACGAUGACACCUUCGAAUCGCUCGUCAGUCAAGUCUGGUCCGUCGCGACUGCCGCAUUCGAGCAUCAGGAUGUCCCCUUCGAGCGUAUCGUGUCGGCGCUCCUGCCCGGCGCCAGAGACACAUCUCGCAACCCGCUGGCCCAGCUCCUGUUUGCGCUCCAUCUGCAGCAGGACCUCGACAAGAUCAAUCUCGAGGGCUUGGCCUGCGAGACUGUACCCACGCCAAUGGCGACUCGCUUCGAUGUCGAGUUCCAUCUCUUCCAGGAAGACGACAGACUGAACGGCGUCGUCAACUUCUCCACGGACCUCUUCGAGCCCCAGACCAUCCACAGCCUGGUCUCUGUCUUUCAGGAGAUCCUGCGCCGCGGCCUCGACCAACCACAGACGCCUAUUGCGCAUCUCCAGCUGACUGAUGGGCUUGGAGAGCUUCGUAAUGCCGGCCUGCUGGACAUUAAGAGGACCGACUACCCGCGCGAGGCGAGCGUUGUGGACAUGUUCCAAAAGCAGGUAGCCGCUUGUUCUAACGCGCCUGCCGUCAAAGACUCGACCUCGCAGCUCACGUAUGCUCAGCUGGAUCAGGAGUCUGACAAGGUAGCCGUUUGGCUGCGCAAACGCAACAUCCCAGCCGAGACAUUGAUUGCGCUGCUAGCACCUCGAUCCUGUGACUCCGUGGCUGCCUUCCUCGGUAUUCUCAAGGCCAAUCUGGCCUAUCUCCCUCUGGACGUUAAUGUCCCCGCUGCUCGUAUCGAGGCAAUCCUGUCAACCGUAGCAGGCCACAAACUGGUCUUGCUCGGACGAGAUGUGCCUCUGCUAGAUACGCAGCUGGCCGACCUCGAGCUUGUCCGUAUCGGCGAGGCGCUGCGUGGCUCGAGUUCAGGGAGUGUCGCCGCCGACAAGGCUAUUCGACCUACAGCAACAAGCCUGGCCUACGUUAUCUUCACCUCUGGAUCUACUGGCCAGCCAAAGGGUAUCAUGGUUCCUCAUCGCAGCUUGGUCAACGUGAUCAAGCAGCGACCUGCCUAUGGAAAUGUCGCUCACAUCACAAAUCUCGCCUUUGAUCCCUCCCUGUUCGAAAUGUGCACUGCCUUGUUCAAUGGCAAUACGCUGAUUUGCAUCGACACAUUGGUAGCACUCGAUGCCACUCAGCUUCCUACCAUCUUCAAGCAGGAAGCGAUUCGCGUCGCAAUGAUGACGCCGGCCUUGCUCACCAGACUCCUAGCCCAGGCUACCGACGCACUGCAUGAACUAGAGGCACUCUAUGUUCUGGGAGAUCGAUUCCCUCCGAAAGAUGCUGCCAGAGCAAGUGAGUUUGUCAAAACGGCCGUGUACAAUGCCUACGGACCGAGUGAGAACUCUAUCUGCACAACUCUCUUCCAUGCUGCCACUGGCGCCAUGUGCACCAAUGGUGUGCCUGUUGGCCGAGUAAUCAACAACUCGGGCGUAUAUGUUAUGGAUCCAAAGCAGUCGCUUGUUUCCUACGGCGUCAUGGGUGAGCUCGUCGUCGCUGGCGAAGGACUUGCAAUUGGAUACACCAAGCCAGAACUCAACGAAGGCCGCUUUCUGACGCUUACAAUGGACGGAAAGCCUGUAAGAGCGUUUCGCACCGGAGAUCGUGUUCGAUACCGGCCUACAGACGGUCAACUGGAAUUUUUUGGCCGCAUGGACUUCCAAAUCAAGAUUCGAGGUCAUCGUGUCGAGUUGGCUGAGGUGGAACGAGUUUUGAACAGGCACCCUGCCAUCAAAGACGCCAUCACACUGCUGAGGCAGCACGGCUCCUCAGCACAAGACACAGAGCUUGUCAGUUUUAUUGUGCUAGGAGAGCAGAAGCCUGUGAAGCCCCAUCGAAACGCCACCGACCAUGGCGGAAUGGAGAUUGAGCAAUUGGACCAAAAGCUAGAAGCAAGCCUGCGUGCCAUGAUGCAGGCUACGCUGCCCUCCUACAUGAUUCCCUCGAGAAUCAUCGUGCUAGGCCACAUGCCGCUCGACAAGAAUGGAAAGGUUGACCGACGAGGGUUGACAGGACUGACGCUGAGCCCAGCCAUGGAAACAAGCUCGCGUGUUGUCGUGGCAGCACGGAACGAGAUCGAGGCCGUACUGUGCGAGGAGUUUGCUAACAUCCUUGGUGUUGAAAUUGGCGUCACUGAUAACUUCUUCGACCUCGGCGGACAUUCACUCAUGGCUACUACUCUCGCUGCUCGCCUCGCUCGCCGUCUUAAUGCUAGCAUUUCCGUCAAGGAUGUCUUCGAUCAGCCCAUUGUCGCUGAUUUCGCCGCCACAAUCAAGCGAGGCUCGACUCCUCACAAUGCAAUCCCUCCAACUAAAUACUUUGGGCCGGUUGAACAGUCCUUCGCACAAGGUCGCCUCUGGUUUCUGGACCAACUGAACCUUGGGGCUGCUUGGUAUCAUAUGCCUCUUGCAGUGCGUUUGCGCGGGCCUCUCCAUCUUGAGGCACUCACUGCAGCGCUGCAUGCCCUUGAGGAGCGCCACGAGACGUUACGGACAGUAUUUGAGGAACAGGAUGGUGUGGGCAUGCAGAUCGUCCGGCCAAGCAGCAAGACGCCGCUGCGAAUAAUCGACGUGUCCACUAAAGAGCAAGGUUAUGCCGAGUUGCUCAAGCAGGAGCAAACAACACCCUUCGAUCUAGCCACAGAGUUAGGGUGGAGGAUUGCUCUGCUGAGGCAAGGGGAGGAUGACCAUAUUCUGUCGAUUGUCAUUCACCACAUCAUCUCCGACGGUUGGUCUCUCGAUAUCUUGUGCGAGGAACUUGGUCAGUUCUACGCCGCUGUGCUCCGUGGCCAGGACCCCUUAGCCCAAAUAAGCCCUCUGCCUAUCCAGUAUCGCGAUUUCUCUCUGUGGCAGAAGCAGCCUGAGCAAGUUGCUGAGCACCACCGGCAACUCGAGUACUGGACCACCCAGCUCGAGGACAGCGUACCUGCAGAGCUUCUAACCGAUCUUCCUCGACCAACCAUACAGUCCGGCAAGGCAGGCGUCAUCCCGAUAACCGUCGACGGCCCUGUAUACGAGCGUCUACGGGCCUUCUCUCGAGCUCAUCAAACGACCGCUUUUGCGGUACUGUUGGCCGCCUUUCGAGCAACUCAUUACCGGCUCUCUGGAGUCGCAGACGCCACCAUCGGCACGCCAAUUGCCAACCGUAAUCGACCUGAACUGGAGAAUAUGAUAGGCUUUUUCGUAAAUGCCCAGUGUAUGCGUAUUACUGUCGAGCAAGACGAUACUUUUGAGACACUCGUCCGCCAGGUCCGAUCUACGGCAACUGCCGCCUUUGCCAACCAAGAUGUACCCUUUGAGCAUAUCGUCUCAGCCCUUAUGCCUGACUCACGCGAUACAUCGCGGAAUCCGCUAGUGCAGCUCAUGUUCGCACUCCACGCGUACAAAGAUCUCGGCAAGAUUGAGCUUGAAGGUUAUGUUGGAGAGCCUGUGCAUACAACUCUGUCAACCCGCUUCGAUCUCGAAUUCCACUUGUUCCAGGAGACGAGUCACCUCAGCGGCUACGUACUGUAUGCAACAGACUUGUUCGAGCCUGAGAGCAUUGAGGGGAUGGUUUCCAUUUUCAAGGAAGUCCUCGCUCGAGCACUUGACCAACCCCAAACGCCACUGGCGCUUCUACCGCUCACCGAUGGGCUGGCUGAGCUUCGCAGGAGGGGGCUGCUUGAGAUUGAAAGGCCCAGCUAUCCCCGCGAGUCGAGCGUUGUCGACGUCUUCCGUAGCCAGGUAGCGGCUUCUCCCAACGCAACCGCUGUGAAGGACUCGAUUUCGCAGCUCACUUACGCUCAGCUAAAUGAGCAAUCUGACAAGGUCGCUGCUUGGCUACACCAGCGUAACCUUCCUACUGAAACUUUGGUCGCUGUGCUAGCGCCUCGAUCUUGCCAAACAGUUGUGGCCUUCUUCGGUAUUCUGAAGGCCAACCUAGCAUAUCUUCCCCUAGACGUCAAUGUUCCGGCAGCUCGCAUCGAGGCAAUUCUCUCGGAAGUCUCUGGCCACAUACUUGUCUUACUCGGAUCUCAUGUUUCUGCUCCCAAGAUUGAGCUCGCUGAUGUCGAAUUCGUCAAAAUUGACAACACAGUCGAGCACAAUUUGCCGGGUCGCAUUGGAUCUGGUCCAUCUGCCACGAGCCUCGCCUAUGUUAUUUUCACAUCUGGAUCGACUGGCAAGCCCAAAGGUGUUAAGGUAGAGCACCGCGGUAUUGUCCGCCUCGUUAAAGAGAGCAAUGUAGUAGCAAAAAUGCCACAAGCUGCGCGCAUUGCUCACUUGUCAAACAUUGCCUUUGACGCGGCUACGUGGGAAUUAUAUGCUGCGUUGCUCAACGGCGGCACCCUCGUCUGUAUCAACUAUUUAACCACGCUGGAUAGUAAAGCACUCGAAGCCGUGUUUGAGCAGGAAAAGAUCCAAGCGACUAUGCUUCCACCGGCACUGCUCAAACAGUGCUUGGUUAACAUUCCCGCAGCUAUCGGCGCACUGGAAGUGGUCCUUGCCGCUGGUGACCGUUUCGAUCGACGCGAUGCUGCAGCCACGCAGGCUCUUGUUGGAGCAGGCGUGUAUAACGCCUAUGGACCGACGGAGAAUACAACACUCAGCACUAUCUACAAUGUCGUUCAGGGCGAUGCCAAUGUGAAUGGCGUCCCAAUUGGACGCCCUGUCAGCUACUCUGGCGCCUACAUCAUGAAUAUGAAUCAGGAGCUCGUUCCUAUCGGCGUCAUGGGCGAGCUGGUCGUAGUAGGAGACGGUGUCGCCCGAGGAUACACCGACCCAGCCUUGGACGUCAACCGCUUCGUCAACGUCACCAUUGAAGGCCAAACCUUGAGGGCUUACAGGACUGGCGAUCGUGCCCGCUACAGGCCCAAAGAUGCACAGAUUGAAUUCUUUGGCCGAAUGGAUCAACAGGUCAAGAUUCGAGGCCAUCGUAUUGAGCCAGCUGAGGUCGAGCAUGCGUUGCUCAACAAUGACUUGCUUCAGGACGCUGCAGUCGUUAUCCGAAAGCAACAAAAUGAUGAGCUGGAGAUGGUUGCUUUUGUGGAAGCAAACAGCAAUAAGUCGAUCGAACAAGAGGCGAGCAACCAGGUAGAAGACUGGGGCGCUCAAUUCGAGAGCAACGUCUACGCCGAGAUCGAGGCAAUCGAUGCCUCUGCUGUCGGUAACGACUUCAUGGGUUGGACUUCCAUGUACGACGGCAGCGCGAUCGACAAGGCUGAGAUGCAGGAAUGGCUCGAUGAUACUAUGCAGACAAUACUUGAUGGCCGACAAGCCGGCCACGUCCUCGAAGUCGGCACUGGCACGGGUAUGAUCCUCUUCAAUCUUGGUGAAGGGUUACAGAGCUAUGUCGGUCUCGAACCAUCUACCUCGGCGGCUGCGUUCGUGAACAGCAAGAUUGAAGCUCUUUCAGCUUUUACAGGCAAGGCUAAAGUUAAGGUUGGCACAGCGAUCGACGUAGGCCAGCUCGAAAACGUCUGCUCCGAUUUAGUCGUCAUUAAUUCGGUAGCUCAAUACUUCCCUUCGCCUGAGUAUUUGGCUGAAGCCGUGCGCGCUCUGGCCCAAAUUCCUGGCGUCAAGCGUUUGUUCUUUGGAGACAUGCGAUCUUACGCCAUCAACGACCAGUUUCUCGCAGCUAGGGCUUUGCACAAGCUGGGCGGACGAGCUACGAAGGCUGCUAUGCGAAGCAAGAUGGUCGAGCUGGAAAACUCUGAAGAAGAAUUGCUCGUCGACCCUACCUUCUUCACAAACCUAAUAACCGAGCUUCCGGACCAAAUCGAGCAUGUUGAGAUUCUGCCAAAACGCAUGCAGGCUACCAACGAACUCAGCGCCUAUCGUUAUGCAGCUGUGGUGCACAUCCGCGAUUCAUCGGGACGAGCUCAGACCGUGCAUGCCAUCAAAUCGAGCGCAUGGGUCGACUUCAGCAAAUCUCAGAUGGACCGCAAGGCCCUCAUCAGUCUUCUUCAAAGCUCGGUAAACACCGAAGCUGUUGCUAUCGGCAAUAUCCCCUACAGCAAGACUAUCAUGGCGCGACAUGUCGUCCAAUCGCUUGACGAAGACAAUGCAGACGAGGACGUUGCGCAAGAUAAACUUGAUAAGCCUACCUGGAUCUCGGCACUUGGUGAGGAGGCAGGCUUCUGUGUGGAGCUCAGCUGGGCUCGACAGCGAUCUCAUCACGGAGCAAUCGACGCAGUCUUUCAUCAUUACCAGCCCGCUCGAGAAGGAAGCCGUGUUCUGUUUCAGUUCCCGACCGAUACGUAUCGACGCCAAUCCGGCCCGCUUACAAACCGACCCUUGCAGCGACUUCAGAGCCGGCGAAUUGAAACACAGGUUAGAGAAAAGCUACGGGCCGUUUUGCCUUCAUACAUGAUUCCAUCGCUCAUCGUGCUGGUCGACCAAAUGCCCCUGAACCCCAACGGCAAAGUGGAUAGGAAGGCAUUGGAACGACGAGCCCGGGCAGUGCUACGGGUCGAAAAACCAGCUUCCGAACGUGUUGGUGCCCGUAAUGAGACCGAGGCUGUGCUUUGUGAGGAGUUUACCGACGUUCUCGGACUUGAGGUUGGUAUUACGGAUAACUUCUUCGACCUCGGUGGACACUCGCUUAUGGCGACCAAACUCGCGGCCCGUAUCAGUCGACGCCUUGACGCCCGAGUCUCUGUUAAAGAUGUCUUUGAUCAGCCUGUCAUUGCCGACCUCGCCGCCUCCAUUCGCCGUGGUUCGACCCCUCACAAUCCUAUCACCCCAACCGAGUACUCUGGUCCAGUAGAGCAAUCGUUUGCUCAGGGCCGUCUCUGGUUCUUAGACCAGUUGAAUCUCGGUGCAUCUUUAUAUCUCAUGCCUCUUGCGUUGCGUUUGCGUGGACCUCUCCGCAUCGAUGCUCUCACAGCUGCGCUCUUCGCAUUGGAACAGCGACACGAGACUCUCCGAACCGUCUUCAAGGAGCAAGAUGGCGUAGGCAUCCAAAUCAUUCAACCUAGCCACAAGAAGAAACUCAGAGUCAUUGAUGUACCUGCGGGCGACUUUUCUGAGGCGCUACAUCACGAACGCACUGCCCCAUUUGAUCUCGCAUCAGAGCCGGGCUUCAGAGUCGCCCUUCUUCAGCUUGAGCCUUCUGAUCAUGUGCUGUCUAUCGUCAUGCACCAUAUCAUCUACGACGGCUGGUCUAUCGACAUUUUGUGUCAAGAACUGGGCCAGUUCUACGCUGCUGCAAUCCAGGGCCAAGAUCCAUUGGGACAAGUGAGCCCGCUCCCAAUUCAAUACCGUGACUUCUCUGUCUGGCAGAAGCAACCUGAGCAGGUCGCCGAGCAUGAGCGGCAGCUUGCGUACUGGGUCGAUCAGUUGGCCGAUAGUGCUCCCGCUGAGUUCCUUGCCGAUCUCCCACGCCCACCCGUCUUGUCUGGUGAUGCCGGACUGGUCCACCUCACUAUCGAAGGCCCCAUCUAUGACCGCCUGAGAGCCUUCUGUCGAGUGCACCAGACGACAACUUUUGCAGUGCUACUAGCAGCCUUCCGCGCAACGCACUAUCGUCUUACAGGUGCCGAAGAUGCUACUGUUGGCACACCAAUCGCCAACCGUAACCGGCCAGAGCUUGAAAACUUGGUCGGAUUCUUCGUUAAUACUCAGUGUAUGAGAAUUAGUGUUGGAGCUGAUGACACGUUUGAGCAGCUAGUGCGCCAGGUUCGAUCUACAGCAACGGCUGCCUUUACAAACCAAGACGUUCCUUUUGAACGCAUCGUGUCAACACUCCUGCCGGGCUCUCGCGAUACCGCCCGCAACCCACUGGCACAGCUCAUGUUCGCUGUCCAUUCUCUCAAGGACCUUGGCAAAAUUCAGUUCGAGGGCCUCGUGGGCGAGACGAUUCCCACGGCUUCUUUCACUCGAUUCGACGUCGAGUUCCAUUUGUUCCAGGAAGUCGGUCGUCUCAGCGGAAAUGUGCUCUUCUCGACUGAUCUAUUCGAGCCGGAGACUAUCCAGGGCAUGGUCUCUGUGUUCAUGGAGAUCUUGCGCAGAGUUCUUGACCAGCCUCAGAUCCCCAUUGCCGUCCUGCCGCUCACAGACGGCCUCACGGAGCUUCGCAACAGAGGCCUGCUUGAAAUUGAGCAGCCUCAAUAUCCCCGCGACUCGAGCGUCAUUGACGUGUUCCGCGCUCAGGUCGUUGCUUGCCCAGAUGCAAUCGCUGUGAAAGAUUCGACGUCGCAGCUCACCUACGCCCAACUUGAUAAGCAGUCCGAUGAGGUGGCUGUAUGGCUACAUCAACGAAAUUUGCCAGCAGAAUCCCUGGUUGCCGUGCUAGCACCCAGAUCAUGCCAGACUAUCAUUACCUUCUUCGGUAUUUUGAAGGCUAAUCUAGCCUAUCUUCCACUCGAUAUUAACGUCCCGGCAGCCCGUAUUCAGGCAAUCUUAUCGUCCGUUGCAGGGAAGAAAAUCCUCCUACUUGGUUCUGAUCAGUCUCAGCCGGAAAUUCGGCUUGAUGACGUCGAAUUCGUACGAAUCAAUGAAACGAUGGACCACAACAUGGCGAAGGAUAAUACUACCCACUCUGAACCCUCAGCUACAAGCCUUGCUUAUGUUAUCUUCACUUCCGGAUCCACUGGCCAGCCGAAGGGCGUCAAGGUGGAACACCGCGGUAUUGUUCGCCUCGUCAAGAACAGCAACGUGGUAGCAAAGAUGCCAGAGGCGGCAUGUGUUGCACACCUUUCAAAUCUCGCGUUUGACGCCGCGACAUGGGAAAUCUACGCUGCGCUCUUGAACGGUGGCUCGCUCAUCUGUAUCGACUACUUCACCACGCUAGACAGCAAGGUCCUCGAGGCCGUUUUCGAGCGAGAACAGAUCCGUGCAGCCAUGUUCCCACCGGCGCUUCUGAAACAAUGCCUACUCAAUAUCCCCACGACCAUCAGCGCGCUAGAUGUUAUCCUCGCUGCUGGUGACCGAUUUGAUAGGCGCGACGCUAUUGCGGCGCAGGCGCUUGUUGGAGGUGGUGUAUACAAUGCCUACGGUCCUACGGAAAAUACCACGCUUAGCACAAUAUACAACGUUGUGGAUAGCGAUACUAACGUCAACGGUAUUCCAAUCGGACUUCCUGUCAGCAACUCUGGCGUGUAUAUCAUGGAUCUCAACCAGCAGCUUGUCCCGUUGGGCGUCAUGGGAGAGCUUGUUGUGGUUGGCGAUGGUGUAGCCCGAGGUUACACUGAUCCAGCUCUUGAUGUUGAUCGUUUCAUCAAGGUUGAAAUCGAUGGCCAGAUGGUACGAGCCUACCGCACUGGUGACCGUGUUCGACACCGACCCAAGGACGGUCAGAUUGAGUUCUUUGGCCGAAUGGAUCACCAAGUCAAGAUCCGAGGACAUCGUAUCGAAUUGGCUGAGGUAGAGCACGUCAUCCUCGAUAACAGCUUAGUCCAGGACGCUGCAGUCAUUGUCCACAAGCAAGCUGACCAGGAGAUCGAAAUGAUCGCAUUUGCUGUAGUCCGAGGCGAUAACGACAGCAAGCACCCAGAGAAGGAUAUCCUGGAUCGAGUGAAGGUCUUGCUUCCAUCAUACAUGGUACCAGCUCAAAUGGUGCUGCUUAACAGCAUGCCUCUCAACGCCAACGGCAAGGUCGAUCGCAAAGAGCUUGCUAAGAGGGCGGGGACUGUGCCGCGAAGCGAGACGGCAUACCUCGCUCCAGAGAGGGUUCCGCCUCGCAAUGAAAUUGAAACAAUUCUUUGCGAAGAAUACGCCGAGGUCCUUGGCGUCGAAAUUAGUGUCAUGGACAACUUUUUCGAUCUUGGAGGGCACUCUCUCAUGGCGACGAAGCUUGCAGCCCGCGCCGCUCGUCGACUUGAUGCAAAGUUGUCUGUUAAGGACAUUUUUGAUUACCCAAUUUUAGCCAACCUUGCAGCAGCGGUUCAACGAGGCUCGACUCCACAUAAUGCGAUCCUCACAACCACAUACUCCGGACCAGUUGAACAAUCAUUCGCCCAGGGGCGCCUAUGGUUCUUGGACCAGCUUAAUGUUGGCUCGAAUUGGUACCUUCAGCCAAUUGCCAUACGCAUACGCGGAUCACUCAAUAUUGACGCGCUCACUACCGCGCUGCAUGCCCUAGAGCAACGUCACGAGACGUUGCGCACCACUUUUGAGGAAGAGGACGGCGUUGGUAUGCAGGUCGUCCAAGAACAUGACCCAAUGGAGCUCAGGAUAAUGGAUAUUGCCGCCGAUUACGACGGCGAUUAUACAGAAGCGUUGAAGGGAGAGCAGACGACCCCCUUCGAUCUACAGUCGGAGCCAGGAUGGAGGGUAUCGCUGCUCCGUAUGAACGACAACGAUCAUAUCUUGUCUCUAGUUCUACAUCACAUCAUCUCCGAUGGAUGGUCUGUCGACGUUCUACGCCAGGAGUUGAAGCAAUUCUAUGCCGCUGCACUCCAAGGCCUGGAUCCCCUAUCAGGGGCUGAUCCACUCCCCAUCCAGUACCGCGACUUCUCUCUCUGGCAAAAGCAGCCAGAGCAAGUUGCUGAGCACGAACGACAGCUCAAGUACUGGGUUGAGCAGUUGGCUGACAAUUCCCCUGCUACGCUUCUUGCGGACCGGCCACGUCCAUCUGUGCUGUCCGGGCAGGCCGGCUCGGUCCCGCUCGUUAUCGAAGGUCAGGUCUAUGAGAAGCUUCAGGCCUUCUGCCGAGCUCAUCAAACGACCUCCUUUUCCGUUUUGCUCGCUGCCUUCCGAGCUGCUCACUUCCGCCUGACGGGUGUUGACGACGCGACGAUUGGCAUACCGAUCGCCAAUCGUAACCGACCUGAGCUAGAGCACCUGAUCGGCUUUUUCGUUAACAGGCAGUGUAUGCGGAUCACGGUUGAGGAAGAUGAUACGUUCGAAUCUCUGAUCCACCAGGUUCACUCAACAGCCACUGCAGCGUAUGCUAAUCAAGACGUGCCGUUCGAGCGAAUCGUAUCGUCCCUUCUUUCUGGCUCAAGAGACACAUCUCGUAAUCCGCUCGUCCAGCUAGUAUUUGCCGUUCACUCCCAGAAGAACCUUGGCAAGUUUGAGUUGCAAGACUUGACAUCUGAGCCAGUUGCUGGAGCUAUCUCUACUCGAUUUGACGCGGAAUUUCAUCUAUUCCAGGAAGAAGAGAGGUUGAACGGUGUUGUGUAUUACGCAACCGAUCUGUUCGAUGCCGAGACUAUCCAAGGGGUGGUGUCUGUCUUCCAAGAAAUCUUACGUCGCGGCCUCAACCAGCCACGAACGCCGAUUGCAGCUCUGUCGCUUACUGACGGGCUGAAUAAUCUUCGCAAGAUGGAUCUGGUUGACUUCAAGCGGACUGACUAUCCCCGCGACUCUAGCAUGGUCGACAUUUUCCGCGAGCAAGUCGCUACAUAUCCGGACGUAAUUGCUGUCAAGGACUCGACUUUACAGCUGACCUACGCGCAACUUGAUCAACAAUCCGAUGAGAUAGCCACCUGGUUGCGAAACCGAAAAAUGGCGCCAGAAACUCUGGUGGGUGUCCUCGCUCCGCGAUCGUGCCAGACUAUCGUAGCCUUCCUUGGUGUCCUCAAGGCGAACCUAGCCUAUCUACCUCUCGAUGUCAAUGCCCCGAUGGCCCGCGUUGAGACAAUCAUGUCUUCUGUGCCAGGGAACAAGCUGCUUCUCCUAGGUUCUGAUGUGCCUGCCCUGGAGAUCCAGCUGCAGAAUGUUGAGUUGGUGCGCAUCGAAGACACUCUCGGCCACGCUGCCUCUGCCGGUACGGCGACAACAGAACCCUCUCCAACCAGCCUAGCGUACGUCAUAUUCACAUCUGGAUCGACGGGUAAGCCAAAGGGUGUGAUGGUCGAGCAUCGAAGCGUCAUUCGCCUCGUGAGAAAAGAGAGCAAUUCCAUGUCCAAGAUGCCUUCCGGAGCUCGCGUUGCGCACUUGACCAACAUCGCCUUCGACGUCUCAGCAUGGGAGGUAUAUGCUACGCUUCUCAACGGAGGGACUCUGGUCUGCGUCGAUUAUUUCACUUCAUUCGAUGCUAAAGCCCUCGGUGUGCUGUUCGAGCGGGAGCAGAUUACUGCGGCUAUGAUUACGCCUACGUUACUCAAGCAGUGCAUCACUAUUGUACCAGAAGCUCUCCGCAAGCUGUCCGCUCUGUACACCGGUGGCGAUCGCUUUGAUAGGCGCGAUGCUAUCGCGACAAAAGCGCUUGUCAAGGGCCCAGUUUACAAUGCAUGGGGCCCUACAGAAACGACAAUCGUCAGCACAAUCUAUGAGCUUGCCGAUGACGAUCAGUUCACCAAUGGUGUGCCUAUCGGAAAGGCCGUGAGCAAUUCUUGGGCCUACGUCAUGGAUCUCAAUCAACAACUCGUCCCAGUUGGUGUCAUGGGAGAAGCUGUCGUUAUUGGAGACGGCCUUGCCCGAGGAUAUACAGAUCCCGCCCUGGACUGCAACCGCUUUGUGCACAUCACUAUCGAUGGUAAACGCGUGCGCGCCUAUCGAACUGGUGACCGCGCGCGUUAUCGACCUAAAGAUGGCGAAAUCGAAUUCUUUGGGCGUAUGGACCGACAGCUCAAGAUUCGUGGUCAUCGUAUUGAGCCCGCCGAGAUCGAGCAUGCCAUGCUCGGCCACAAUGACAUCGUUGAUGUGGCCAUUGUCACUCGCCAUCAAGAUAGUGCAGGCUUAGAAAUGGUUGCCUUUGUUGCAGCCCACAAUAACAAGUCUAUCGAACGCAAUGAAGCCACCAAUCAAGUGGCUGGAUGGGGGGACCACUUCGAAACGAGUACAUAUGCAGAGCUCGACACCCUUGUCCAGUCUGAUGUUGGCAAGGACUUUGUCGGCUGGACGAACAUGUAUGAUGGCGGCGCGAUCGAUCAGGCCGAGAUGCAGGAAUGGCUUGACGAUACCAUACAGACGAUUGUUGAUGGUCAGCCUGCUGGUCAUGUCUUUGAGAUCGGUACUGGUACCGGUAUGAUCAUGUUUGGUCUCGGGAAAGAGGGACUGCAAAGCUACGUCGGCCUUGAGCCCUCAACCUCGGCCACUGCGUACGUCAACAGGAAGAUCAAGACCGUUUCAACGGUAGCUGGCAAAGCCAAGGUAUAUGUCGGCACUGCAACGGAGGCGGCUCAACUCAAGGGACUCCAUCCGGAAGUUGUCGUCAUCAAUUCUGUGGCUCAAUACUUCCCUACGCCAGAGUAUCUCCUCGAGGUCGUCGGUGUCCUCACUCAGAUACCAGGUGUCAAACGCUUGUUCUUUGGAGACAUACGAUCCUAUGCUACUAACAGGCAAUUCCUUGCAGCCCGAGCCCUUCAUACGCUAGGGUCCAACGCGAAGAAACAUGACAUCCGCCGGAAAAUGGCUGAGUUGGAUGAAUUCGAAGAAGAGUUGAUUGUCGAUCCCUCUUUCUUCACUGGUCUGGUCAGCCGACUGCCAGGCCAGGUCAAGCAUGUGGAGAUUCUUCCAAAACAAAUGAUCGCCACAAACGAGCUCAGCGCGUAUCGUUAUGCAGCCGUUGUUCAUCUAGCUCUUCCCGAAGAGCAGCACAUAGCGAAAAUUGAAAAGGGCGCCUGGGUCGACUUCACAGCCACCAAGAUGGAUCGAAGCGCUCUUGUUCAUCAUCUGCAGAGCUCGUCAAAGGCUGAGACUGUAGCUAUCAGCAACAUUCCAUUCAGCAAAACUAAUUUCGAUUGUCAUCUUGUCGCAUCUCUGGAUGAGGACGAAGAACACUCGCUCGACGGAUCCGCCUGGAACAAAAAUAUUCAUUCCAGCGCCGAACAGUGUCCAUCGCUGUCCGCAACCGAUCUCGUCGAAGUUGCUAAAGAGGUGGGCUUCCGUGUCGAGCUCAGCUGGGCUCGGCAAAAGUCUCAGAACGGUGCACUUGACGCUAUCUUCCACCAAUACCAAUCUCCCAAAGAAGGUAGCCGUGUUCUAAUACAGUUCCCGACUGACGACCAGGGUCGAUCGAUGGAGUCUCUUACGAAUCGACCGUUACAGCGAGUUCAGGGCCGCCGGAUCGAAACACAGAUUCGUGAGCGACUACAGGCUAUGCUACCAUCAUACAUGAUUCCAGCUCGGAUCAUGGUGCUAGAUAAGAUGCCAGUCAAUGCCAACGGCAAAGUCGACCGCAAGGAGCUGACGCGCAGAGCGAAGGUGGUCCCAAGAAUUGAAACAGCUGCGGAGCGUAUUCAACCCCGAAAUGAAGUCGAAGCGGUUCUGUGCGAAGAAUUCAGUGAAGUCCUCGGCGCCGAAGUUGGUGUCACGGACAACUUCUUCGACCUUGGUGGACACUCCCUCAUGGCUACGAAGCUGGCUGCACGUACUGGGCGCCGACUUGACGCAAAGGUGUCUGUCAAAGACGUUUUCGACCACCCAGUUCUAGCGGAUCUUGCCGCUGCUAUUCAGCGAGGCUCGACUCCCCACUCGGCGAUCGUUACCACUGAGUACUCUGGACCUGUAGAGCAGUCAUUCGCCCAGGGCCGCCUUUGGUUCCUUGAACAACUCAAUCUCAAGGCAACGUGGUAUCUCCUACCGCUUGCGGUGCGGAUUCGUGGGCCACUCAAUAUCAAGGCCCUUACCACGGCGUUACAUGCGCUAGAGCAGCGACAUGAGACUUUAAGAACAACAUUCAUUGAGCAGGAUGGUAUGGGCAAGCAAGCCGUUCAGCCAUUCCAGCAGAAGGAACUCGAAAUCGUCGACAUAGCGGCCGACCACCAGGGCGACUACCUUAAAGUGCUACGUGACGAGCAGACUACCAUGUUCAAUCUAGCAACUCAGCCUGGUUGGAGGGUGACUUUACACAGAGUAGACCAAAACACGCAUAAUCUUUCCAUCGUCAUGCACCACAUCAUUUCGGACGGCUGGUCAGUCGAUGUUCUGCGCCACGAGCUGAGGCAGUUCUAUGCUGCUGCCCUCCGGGGUCAGGAUCCCCUCGCGCAUAUCAGCCCGCUCCCAAUCCAAUACCGCGACUUCUCGCUCUGGCAGAAGCAGCCAGACCAGAUCAUCGAACAUGCAAAACAACUUGAGUACUGGACCAAGCAGCUGGCAGACAGCUCCCCAGCUGAGCUCCCAACUGACUUACCUCGCCCGGCCGUACUGUCAGGCAAAGCUGGCGAAAUGGCCCUUUCUAUCAAGGGCCCGCUAUAUGAGCGUCUGCAGGCUUUCUGCAAGACUCAUCAGACAACUGCCUUCGCCAUACUCCUAGCAGCCUUCCGUGCAGCACAUUAUCGCCUUACAGGAGCCGAAGACGCCACUAUCGGCACACCUAUCGCCAAUCGCAACAGGCCCGAAUUAGAGAACCUGAUUGGCUUCUUCGUGAAUGCUCAGUGUAUGCGCAUUACUAUCGAGGGAGACGACACUUUCGAGAGUCUUAUACGUCAGGUCCGAGCCACUGCGACGGCUGCCUUCGCGAAUCAAGAUGUCCCCUUUGAACGCAUCGUGUCUACUAUGCAAUCUACCUCACGAGACACGUCAAGGAAUCCGCUUGUACAGCUCAUGUUCGCCCUCCACUCUCAACAGGACCUCGGAAAAAUCCAACUAGAAGGCUGCGAAACGGAGCCUAUUCCCCGAGCUGUACGCACUCGCUUCGAUCUCGAGUUCCAUCUCUAUCAAGAGCAAGGGAGCCUAGGCGGCAUUGUGUACUUUGCUGCCGACUUGUUCGAACCUGAGACUAUUCAAGGCUUAGUCUCCGUCUUCCAGGAAAUCCUUCGCCGAGGACUCGAGACACCUCGGAUGCCAAUCAGCGUCCUGCCUCUUGAUAACAAGAUUCCGGAGCUUCUCGUCGGUAUGCUCGAUGUCGACACUCCAGAGUAUCCUCGCGAUUCAAGCGUGGUUGAUGUGUUCCGCACCCAAGUUGCUGCCAGCCCGGAUGCGAUCGCCGCUAAAGAUUCAACUUCGCAGCUCACCUACGCUCAGCUUGAUGAAGAAUCCAACAAAGUGGCUACAUGGUUGCGUCAAAGGCAGCUGGCUCCCGAAACGCUGGUAGGCGUCCUUGCGCCUAGAUCGUGUCCAACAAUCGUUACAUUCUUCGGUAUCCUCAAGGCCAACCUGGCAUAUCUCCCGCUAGACGUCAACGUCCCAUCUGCUCGUAUCGAGGCGAUCCUCUCGGCAGUCCCCGGCCAUAAGUUGGUCCUCCUUGGUGCUGACGUCCCCGAUCCAGAGGCUCCACUUGUCAACGUGGAGCUGGUGCGGAUCAACGACAUCUUACGCCAAAGCAUUCACGCUUCGAAUGCAGGGCCUCCAGCAAAAUACCCCUCAGCAACCAGUCUUGCCUACGUCAUGUUUACAUCUGGAUCUACAGGCAAGCCCAAGGGUGUCAUGGUUGAGCAUCGAAGCAUUAUACGCUUGGUAAAGGAAACCAACCUAGUCCCAGCAGCAAAGGCAGUUUCCUCAGUAGCUCACAUCUCCAAUCUUGCUUUCGAUGCUGCAACUUGGGAGAUAUACGCUGCGCUCCUAAAUGGCGGAACUACCGUUUGCAUUGAUCACAUCACUGUGUUGGAUCCUGCUAAAUUAGCUCUCGUCUUCUCAAGCGAGAAGAUCAAAGCUGCGUUCUUCUCAACUGCUUUGCUCAAGCAGCGGCUCUACGAAGAGCCAUCUACCAUCACUGGACUCGAGCUUUUAUAUGCAGGCGGAGAGAGAAUGAGGCCUCAAGACGCUCUUAAGACGCGAGAACUAGUUCUUGGUAGCUUCUGCCACGUCUAUGGGCCGACAGAGAAUACAACAUUCAGCACUGUCUAUCCUAUGGGGGUAGAAGAACGCUGCGUCAACGGACUACCUAUCGGCCGCGCAGUCAGCCAUUCAGGCGCAGUGAUCAUGGAUGUUAAUCAGCGCCUCGUGCCGUUAGGGGUGAUAGGCGAGCUUGUCGUCACAGGAGACGGUCUCGCCCGUGGAUACACCGACCCCGCUCUGAAUCGUGAUCGCUUCGUGGAGGUCAAUAUCCACGGUCGGGUCCUGAGGGCAUAUCGCACAGGCGAUCAAGCCCGCUAUCGACCCAAAGAUGGCCAGAUUGAGUUCUGCGGGCGUAUAGACAGACAGCUGAAAAUUCGAGGCCAUCGUAUCGAGCCGGCUGAAGUCGAGCACGCCAUACUUGGCCACGACGAUAUCCGAAACGCAGUUGUGGUUACUCGACAGCAGGAAGGCCAAGAUCUGGAAAUGGUCGCUUUCGUCUCUGCUCCCAACGAUCAAACCUUCCCGACUGAUAAUCGACCUCGUCUAUCAGGACAACUCACAAACCAACCGCUGCAGCGGCUACAGAGUCGACGAUUGGAGACCCAGAUUCGAGACCAGCUCAGCGCUGUACUUGCAUCUUACAUGAUCCCGUCGCUUAUCGUGAUGGUCGAUGAGAUGCCCUUGAAUGCCAAUGGCAAGGUAGACAGGAAAGCCCUAGAGCGAAGGGCUGGCAUGGUUCAGAAAGUUGAAAAGCCAGCUUUUGAGCGACUCGGUGCACGUAACGAGAUCGAAGCCGCGCUGUGCGAAGUAUUCGUAGAUCUACUCGGCACUGAGGUCAGCAUUACUGACAACUUCUUUAACCUUGGCGGUCAUUCGCUCAUGGCCACAAAAUUGGCUGCUCGAAUUAGCAGACGCCUUGACGCACGCAUCUCUGUCAAGGAUGUCUUUGACUACCCUGUUCUCGCCGACCUUGCGGGCGCCGUUCAGCGAGGCUCAACUCCACACAACCCAAUCGUCGCAACGCCCUACUCAGGGCCCGUCGACCAGUCCUUUGCUCAGGGCCGCCUGUGGUUCUUGGACCAGCUUAACGCCGGUUCGCUGUGGUACAUCCAGCCAAUCGCCGUACGCGUACGCGGUUCGCUCAAUAUUGGUGCGCUGACCACAGCACUCAAUGCGCUUGAGCAGCGCCACGAACCGUUGCGCACGACUUUCGAAGAGCACGACGGCGUUGGUGUGCAAGUCAUUCAACCGCACCAGCCGAAGAAGCUUAGAAUUGUCGAUACGGUGGCUGACUAUCAGGGUGACUUCAUCAGGGCUCUACGGAAGGAGCAGCAGACUCUAUUCAAUCUCGCGACCGAGCCAGGCUGGAGAGUGUCUCUGCUACGCAUUGGGGAGGACGACAACAUUCUCUCCAUCGUCAUGCACCACAUUAUUUCAGACGGUUGGUCUGUUGACAUCUUGCGUCAAGAUCUAAAACUAUUCUACGCCGCCGCUCUCAAGGGCCAGGAGCCGCAAGUAGACGCGCUCCCAAUCCAGUAUCGUGACUUUGCUUUCUGGCAGAAACAGCCGGAGCAGGUAGCCGAGCACCAGCGACAACUCGACUACUGGAUUGAGCAAUUGAAGGACAGCACGCCUGCCGAGCUUAUCACCGAUUUCCCGCGGCCAGAGGUGCUGUCUGGCACUGCUGGCAUCGUACAGCUUGCCGUGGACGGCCAAGUCUACGAGCGUCUCCGGGCUUUCUGCAGAAUUCAUCAAACAACGUCCUUCGCGGUACUUCUCGCAGCCUUUAGGGCUGCCCAUUACCGUCUAACAGGCACCGAGGACGCGACAAUCGGUUCUCCCAUCGCCAACCGGAAUCGGCCCGAACUGGAGAGCCUGAUUGGCUUCUUCGUCAAUACCCAGUGUAUGCGCAUUAUAGUCGGAGGGGACGACACAUUCGAACGAUUGGUACAGCAGGUCCGAUCAACGACAACAGCUGCAUUUGCUAACCAGGACGUUCCCUUCGAACGAAUCGUUUCAUCCGUCCAGUCAACCUCAAGAGAUGCCUCCCGAAACCCUUUGGUGCAGCUCAUGUUUGCACUUCAUUCACAGCAGGGUAUCGGCCUGAUUGAACUCGAAGGUGUUGAGACGGAGCCAAUCGCAAGAGAUGUAUCGACGCGCUUCGACAUUGAGUUCCAUCUUUACCAGAAGGAAGAGAGCUUGCACGGUAUUGUCCACUUUGCUGCCGACUUGUUCGAACCUGAGACUAUUCAAGGCUUAGUCUCCGUCUUCCAGGAAAUCCUUCGCCGAGGACUCGAGACACCUCGGAUGCCAAUCAGCGUCCUGCCUCUUGAUAACAAGAUUCCGGAGCUUCUCGUCGGUAUGCUCGAUGUCGACACUCCAGAGUAUCCUCGCGAUUCAAGCGUGGUUGAUGUGUUCCGCACCCAAGUUGCUGCCAGCCCGGAUGCGAUCGCCGCUAAAGAUUCAACUUCGCAGCUCACCUACGCUCAGCUUGAUGAAGAAUCCAACAAAGUGGCUACAUGGUUGCGUCAAAGGCAGCUGGCUCCCGAAACGCUGGUAGGCGUCCUUGCGCCUAGAUCGUGUCCAACAAUCGUUACAUUCUUCGGUAUCCUCAAGGCCAACCUGGCAUAUCUCCCGCUAGACGUCAACGUCCCAUCUGCUCGUAUCGAGGCGAUCCUCUCGGCAGUCCCCGGCCAUAAGUUGGUCCUCCUUGGUGCUGACGUCCCCGAUCCAGAGGCUCCACUUGUCAACGUGGAGCUGGUGCGGAUCAACGACAUCUUACGCCAAAGCAUUCACGCUUCGAAUGCAGGGCCUCCAGCAAAAUACCCCUCAGCAACCAGUCUUGCCUACGUCAUGUUUACAUCUGGAUCUACAGGCAAGCCCAAGGGUGUCAUGGUUGAGCAUCGAAGCAUUAUACGCUUGGUAAAGGAAACCAACCUAGUCCCAGCAGCAAAGGCAGUUUCCUCAGUAGCUCACAUCUCCAAUCUUGCUUUCGAUGCUGCAACUUGGGAGAUAUACGCUGCGCUCCUAAAUGGCGGAACUACCGUUUGCAUUGAUCACAUCACUGUGUUGGAUCCUGCUAAAUUAGCUCUCGUCUUCUCAAGCGAGAAGAUCAAAGCUGCGUUCUUCUCAACUGCUUUGCUCAAGCAGCGGCUCUACGAAGAGCCAUCUACCAUCACUGGACUCGAGCUUUUAUAUGCAGGCGGAGAGAGAAUGAGGCCUCAAGACGCUCUUAAGACGCGAGAACUAGUUCUUGGUAGCUUCUGCCACGUCUAUGGGCCGACAGAGAAUACAACAUUCAGCACUGUCUAUCCUAUGGGGGUAGAAGAACGCUGCGUCAACGGACUACCUAUCGGCCGCGCAGUCAGCCAUUCAGGCGCAGUGAUCAUGGAUGUUAAUCAGCGCCUCGUGCCGUUAGGGGUGAUAGGCGAGCUUGUCGUCACAGGAGACGGUCUCGCCCGUGGAUACACCGACCCCGCUCUGAAUCGUGAUCGCUUCGUGGAGGUCAAUAUCCACGGUCGGGUCCUGAGGGCAUAUCGCACAGGCGAUCAAGCCCGCUAUCGACCCAAAGAUGGCCAGAUUGAGUUCUGCGGGCGUAUAGACAGACAGCUGAAAAUUCGAGGCCAUCGUAUCGAGCCGGCUGAAGUCGAGCACGCCAUACUUGGCCACGACGAUAUCCGAAACGCAGUUGUGGUUACUCGACAGCAGGAAGGCCAAGAUCUGGAAAUGGUCGCUUUCUUCCCGACAGAUGAUCAAGGCCGAGCGCUCGAUUCGCUUGCAAACAGGCCGCUGCAACGACUCCAGAGCCGACGAAUCGAGGUGCAAAUGCGCGAGCGGCUACAAGCUAUACUGCCGUCCUAUAUGAUGCCAGUCCGCAUUGUGGUCUUGGACGAGAUGCCUAUGAACGCGAACGGCAAGGUUGACAGAAAAGAGCUUACCCGCAGAGCUAAGAUGGUCUCGAGGGUCGAGACAACCGCUGAACGCGUUGGGCCUCGCAACGAGAUAGAGGCUCUCCUUUGUGAGGAGUUUGCCGAAGUGCUUGGUGUCGAGGUUGGCGUUAAUGACAACUUCUUCGAUCUUGGCGGACACUCUCUCAUGGCCACGAAGCUUGCGGCUCGCAGUAGCCGUCGCUUCGAUGCGAAGGUCUCUGUCAAAGACGUGUUUGAUCAUCCUAUCCUAGCGGACCUAGCAGCUGCAAUUCAGCGAGGCUCAACUCCACACAACCCCAUCCUCGCAACACAAUAUAGCGGGCCUGUGGAGCAGUCUUUCGCUCAGGGUCGGCUGUGGUUCCUUGAACAGCUGAACGUCAGUUCAACAUGGUAUCUGCAACCAAUCGCAGUACGUAUGCGCGGACCGCUUAAGAUUGAGGCGCUCGCGGCGGCGUUACACGCUCUGGAGGAGCGUCACGAAACCCUGCGAACGACGUUUGAAGAGCACGACGGCAUUGGUAUGCAGGUUGUUCAGCCACAUCGCCCCAAAGAACUCAGAGUGAUUGAUGUACAAGCAGAGCAUGAUGGCGAUUAUACUCAGGCUCUGCACACAGAGCAAACAACUCCGUUCAAUUUAGAAACGGAGCCAGGAUGGAGGGUAUCGGUGUUCCGCCUGAACGAAGAUGACAACAUCCUCUCUAUCGUGAUGCACCACAUCAUCUCUGAUGGUUGGUCGUUCGAUAUCCUGCGUAAGGAGAUCAGGGAGUUUUACAACGCCGCGCUCAAGGGCAAGGACCCCUUGGCGCAAUUGAGCCCCCUGCAUAUCCAAUAUCGCGACUUUUCCGUUUGGCAAAAGCAGCUGGAUCAGAUCACCGAGCAUAAACGGCAGCUUGAUUACUGGACGAAGAACCUAGCCGACAAUACUCCAGCCGAGCUCCCGACCGAUCUGCCUCGGCCAGCCGUUCUGUCCGGUAAGGCUGGAGUCAUCCAGCUCUCUAUUACAGGCCCAGUCUAUGAUCGUCUCCGCGCGUUCUGCCGAGUCCACCAGACCACCUUAUUCGCGGUGCUCCUCACUGUAUUUCGAGCCACCCACUAUCGCCUCACUGGAGCAGAGGAUGCUACGAUUGGUACGCCUAUCGCUAAUCGUAACAGACCAGAGCUUGAGAACUUGGUCGGGUUCUUUGUUAACACUCAGUGCAUGCGGAUUACCGUAGAAGAGGAGGACACGUUCGAGACACUCAUCCACCAGGUUCGGACUACAUCUACAGCCGCUUUCGCCAACCAAGACGUACCUUUUGAGCGAAUCGUGUCAGCCCUACUCCCAGGCUCCCGAGACACGUCCCGCAACCCGCUCUCUCAGAUCAUGUUUGCCGUACAUUCUCAGAAAGACAUCAGCAAGAUCGAACUAGACGGCCUAGAGAGCGAGGCCAUUUCACGAGCCACAUCAACUCGUUUCGAUCUAGAGUUCCAUCUUUUCCAGGAAGAGAAGGGCCUAGGCGGCAUUGUAUUGUUCGCGGCAGAUCUGUUCGAGCCGGAGACGAUCGACAGCCUCGUCUCCGUCUUCCAAGAGAUCCUCCGCCAGAGUCUCGAGACACCCAAGACGCCAAUUGCGGUCUUGCCUCUUACCAAUGGUAUUGCGCAGCUUCGCAGCAUGUGUGUGCUAGAUAUUGAGAAGACCGCCUACCCUCAAGACUCCAGCGUCAUCGAUAUCUUCCGCCAGCAGGUUGGUGCCCGCCCGGAUGCCACGGCCGUCACAGAUUCUGCCUCCCAGCUCACCUACGCACAGCUGGAUCUCCGCUCUGACGAGCUAGCCAGCUGGCUGCGUCAGAAAAAGAUGGCGCCCGAGACUUUGGUGGGCGUGCUAGCACCACGGUCUUGCCAAACGAUCGUUGCCUUUCUUGGUAUUUUAAAGGCAAGCUUAGCCUACCUACCGCUAGACGUCAAAGUGCCGGUUGCCCGCAUAGAGGCCAUUUUGUCGUCCAUUCCAGGGCAGAAACUGAUUCUGCUUGGGCAGGACGUACCUAUCCCAGAAAUCCAGCUCCCAGACGUCGAUGUCGUACCAAUCAGUGAAAUCUUAGGCCGCUCUGUCCCUUCUCAUGCUACAGAUAAGAGUGUAGGACCAUUGGCAAGAAAUCUUGCGUAUGUUCUGUUCACAUCUGGAUCCACAGGCAAGCCCAAGGGUGUCAUGAUCGAGCACCGCAGUAUUGUGCGCCUUGUCAAAGAGACGAAUCUUGUCUCUAAGCUCCCAAGCGCGCCUCGCACCGCACAUCUGACGAACCUCGUCUUCGACAACUCUGCAUGGGAAAUUUACUCCACCCUUCUCAACGGAGGAACGCUAGUCUGCAUCGACUAUGCCACCGUUCUGGAUAGCAAAGCCCUCGAGACCGUGUUCAAGGAGCAACGCAUUCAGACAUCUCUGAUGCCUCCUGCACUACUCAAAGAGUGCUUAGCCAACAUGCCUACUAUGUUCGAUGACGUAGAGGUGCUCUACGCGCUUGGAGAUCGAUUCGACAAACAGGAUGCCAUGAAAGCGCGCUCGAUCGUCAAGACCGCCGUCUACAACGCCUAUGGCCCCACGGAAAACACGGUCAUCAGUACUAUCUACGAAAUUGCCAAGGACGAUUCGUUCGUGAACGGUGUUCCCAUCGGUCAGAGCAUUAGCAACUCCGGAGCCUUCAUCAUGGACUCCCGGCAACAGCUCGUCCCCGUUGGCGUGCUAGGCGAGCUCGUCGUUUCUGGCGACGGCCUUGCGCGAGGAUAUACCGAUCCCACACUGAAUGUAAAUCGCUUCGUUGAGGUGACUGUUGAUGGCCAACAGGUUAGAGUAUACCGGACCGGUGAUCGCGUACGCUUCCGUCCAAAGGAUGGUCAGAUUGAAUUUUUUGGUCGCAUGGAUCAGCAAGUCAAGAUUCGAGGCCAUCGUAUCGAGCCGGCUGAGGUAGAGCACGCUAUUCUCACCCACAACAUUAUCCGCGAUGCGGCUGUCGCAAUCCGGCGACCUGAGGGUCAAGAACCAGAAAUGGUUGCUUUCGUCACUACCCAUGAAAAUACUUCCAUUGAGAAGCAGUCAGUCGAGGAAUUCACAGCACGGAUCGAGAAUGAAGUCCGUCGCUGGAUCAAGACCUUACUUCCGCUCUACAUGGUUCCUACACAGAUUGUUGUACUGGAUCGAAUGCCUGUCAAUGCUAACGGUAAGGUUGACAGGAAAGAGCUCGCGCAAAGAGCACAAACCCUACAGAAGAGCGAGGCAGUUUCCCUUCCUUCCGUAAGAGUUCCUCCCACCAACGACAUGGAGAGGACAUUGUGCGAAGAGUUUGCCGACGUUCUCGGCGUGGAGGUCGGCAUUACCGACAACUUCUUCGACCUUGGAGGACACUCACUCAUGGCAACCAAGCUCGCAGCGCGUAUUAGUCGCCGCGUGAAUGCCCGAGUAUCCGUCAAGAGCGUUUUCGACCACCCCGUCCUCGUUGACCUUGCAUCCACUAUUAAGCAAGACUCAAUCAUGCACAAACCUAUCCCACAGACCGCCUACACCGGGCCUGUGGAACAGUCCUUUGCCCAAGGCCGUCUCUGGUUCUUAGACCAGCUCAACUUCGGUGCCUCGUGGUAUCUCAUGCCUCUCGCGCUACGCUUGCAAGGAUCCCUUCACGUCAAGUCCCUCACUACUGCGCUGUUUGCACUAGAACAGCGUCAUGAGACCCUGAGAACAACAUUUGAGGAACAAGAUGGUGUGGGCAUCCAAAUUGUACACCCUACCAACAAGAAGGACCUUAGAAUCCUGGACGUAUCUAAAGAGCAAAACGGCGACUAUGCUAAAGCCCUCCACAAGGAGCGCACGCUCCCCAUUGAUCUGACUUCAGAUCCAGGUUGGAGGGUAUCGCUCAUUCGCUUGGGCGAAGACGAUCAUAUCCUCUCCAUCGUCAUGCACCACAUUAUCUCAGAUGGAUGGUCCGUGGAUGUUCUGCGCCAAGAGCUGAAGCAAUUCUAUACUGCUGCGCUCAAGGGCCAAGAUCCUCUGGCGCAGAUUGACGCUCUGCCAAUCCAAUACCGCGACUUCUCAUUGUGGCAGAAGUUGCCAGAUCAAGUUGCUGAGCACCAUCGACAGCUCGAGUACUGGACCGAGCAGCUGGCAGAUAACACUCCAGCCGAGCUCCUGACCGAUCUACCCCGGCCGGAGGUCCUAUCUGGCAAGGCUGGAGCCGUACAACUCACUAUCGAUGGUCCGGUGUUCGAUCAGCUCCAGGCGUUUUGCCGAGCACAUCAGACAACAAUGUUCACGGUCCUGCUGGCGGUCUUCCGAACAACUCAUUACCGCUUGACAGGCGCUACUGACGCCACUAUCGGCACCCCGAUUGCCAACCGUAACAGGCCGGAACUUGAAAGAUUGGUGGGCUUCUUCGUCAAUACUCAAUGUAUCAGGAUCACGGUAGACGUGGAGGAUACAUUUGAAGCAUUGGUACAACAAGUCCAUUCUACGUCGACGACUGCCUUUGCCAAUCAGGAUGUUCCGUUCGAGCGAAUUGUGUCCGCGAUUCUACCAGGCUCGCGAGACGCCUCCCGGAAUCCUCUUGCUCAACUCAUGUUUGCCGUCCAUUCUCAGAGGGAUAUCAGUAAAUUCCAGCUUGAAGGCCUGGACACGAAGCCUAUCCCCACGGCUGCAUCCACUCGCUUUGACAUUGAGUUCCAUAUGUUCCAGCAGGCAGAACGCCUUUCUGGAAGGGUUCUUUUCGCAGAGGAUCUGUUCGAGCUAGAGACUAUCCAAGGAAUGGUUGCAAUCUUCAAAGAGAUUCUCCGGAGAGGCCUUGAAACGCCACAGACCCCGCUCGCGGUUCUCCCACUCACUGAUGGGCUGGCAGAUCUUCGCAGUCAAGGCCUGCUUGAGAUUGAGAGGCCUGAGUAUCCGCGCGACUCAAGCGUGAUCGACGUUUUCCGUGCUCAGGUUGCCGCAUGCCCUGACGCGACUGCGGUCAAAGACUCCACCUCACAGCUUACCUACAGUCAACUCGACGACCAGUCUGAUAAGAUCACUGCCUGGCUCCUCCAACGCAAUAUGCCAGCUGAGACUUUGGUUGCUGUAUACGCUCCAAGAACGUGUCAAACCAUCGUUACCUUCUUUGGUAUUCUCAAGGCUAAUCUAGCCUACCUUCCAUUGGAUACCAACGUCCCAGCCGCCCGUAUUGAGGCGAUCUUAUCAACCAUAUCUGGUCACAAGCUAGUACUGCUUGGGUCUCAAGUCCCCGCUCCUGCGGUACAACUAAAGGACGUCGAAUAUGUUUGGAUUGAUGAAGCCACGGCUGAGACUGUUCGUACAUGCACCAGCCCCGAACCCUCUGCCACAAGUCUUGCAUACGUCAUCUUCACGUCCGGAUCUACAGGCCUACCCAAGGGCGUCAAGGUCGAGCACCGUGGUGUCGUACGUCUCGUCAAGCAGAGUAAUGUGGUAGCAAAGAUGCCUCAGGCAGCACGCGUUGCCCAUCUAUCAAAUAUCGCUUUCGACGCUGCCACGUGGGAGAUCUAUGCUACGCUCCUUAACGGCGGCUCUCUCAUAUGUAUUGACUAUUUCACUACAUUGGAUAGCAAGGAGCUUGAAGCCGUGUUUGCACGAGAAAAAAUCCAAGCGGCCAUGCUUCCGCCGGCGCUGCUCAAGCAGUGUUUGGUCAACAUCCCUGCGACUAUCAGCGCCUUAGACGUGGUACUUGCAGCGGGCGACCGUUUCGAUAGGCGCGACGCGGCGGCGACACAAGCGCUCGUCGGAGGCGGUGUCUACAACGCGUACGGCCCUACCGAGAACACGACUCUCAGUACCAUCUACAAUGUGGUCAAAGGCGACGCCAACGUCAACGGAGUUCCAAUCGGUCGCCCUGUUAGCAACUCAGGUGCCUACAUCAUGGAUCCCAAUCAACAGCUCGUCCCCGUGGGUGUUAUGGGAGAGCUUAUCGUGGUAGGAGACGGAGUCGCUCGAGGAUAUACCGAUCCAGCACUAGAUGUCAAUCGUUUCAUUAAGAUCGCGAUUGAUGGUGAUCAGGCGGUGCGCGCCUAUCGAACAGGUGAUCGCGCUCGUUACCGACCUAAAGACGGUCAGAUCGAGUUCUUCGGCCGCAUGGACCAACAAAUCAAGAUUCGUGGCCAUCGUAUUGAGCCAGCCGAAGUGGAGCACGCCGUACUUGACAACAGUAUGGUGCAAGAUGCUGCCGUAAUUACUCGCAAGCAAGAUCAGGAGCUAGAGAUGAUUGCUUUUGUUACUACGCGUAGCGAUAAGGGAAUUGACAACGACGAAGCCAGCAACCAAACAAAACUCAAGGAACAGCUUCUUAGUGUGCUUCCAUCCAAGCACCUCGACGCUCGCGUCUCUGUCAAGGACGUUUUUGAUCACCCUGUCGUUGCUGAUCUAGCAGCGUCAAUUGAACGAGGUUCGAUCCCUCAUAAUCCCAUUCCCUCGACCAACUACUCUGGACCCGUGGAGCAAUCUUUCGCGCAAGGCCGACUUUGGUUCCUGGAUCAGCUGAAUAUGGGCGUAUCGGAAUUAUAUCUCAUGCCUCUUGCUCUACGCCUGCGCGGACCUCUGCGCGUUGACGCCUUCGCAGCUGCAGUAUCUGCUCUCGAGGCACGCCAUGAAACUCUCCGAACAACCUUCGUGGAUCACGACGAUGUAGGCAUGCAAGUCAUUCGGCCCAGUAACAGCAAGAAACUGAGAGUCAUUGACGCGUCCGAGAACGACUAUACGGAAGCCCUGCGACAGGAACGGACAGCUCCAUUCAAUCUCACGACCGAGCCAGGGUUUAGGAUCGCCCUCUUGCAGCUGGGCCCGACCGACUUCAUUCUGUCAAUUGUCAUGCACCAUAUCAUCUAUGAUGGUUGGUCUAUUGAUGUUCUAUGCAGAGAGCUUGGCCAAUUCUAUACUGCUGCACUACAGGGCCAGGAUCCAUUGGCGCAAGUGAGCCCUCUGCCUAUCCAGUACCGAGAUUUCUCUAUCUGGCAAAAGCAGCCAGAGCAAGUGGCCGAGCAUGAGCGCCAGCUACAAUACUGGACCGAACAACUGGCAGAUAGCUCUCCAGCUGAGCUUCUUACGGAUCUACCCCGGCCAUCGGUGCCAACCGGCAAGGCCGGUCUCGUUCAACUCACGAUUGAGGGCGCAGUCUACGAGCGCCUUCGAGCCUUUUGCCGCGUUCAUCAAACGACCUCGUUCGCUGUACUCCUCGCAGCCUUCCGUGCAACCCACUACCGUCUCACGGGCGCUGAGGAUGCUACCAUCGGCUCUCCAAUUGCUAAUCGUAAUCGCCCAGAACUAGAAAGUCUGAUUGGCUUCUUUGUCAAUACCCAGUGUAUACGCGUGACAAUCAGAGAGGACGAUACCUUCGACAAAUUGGUGCAGCAAGUCCGGGCAACGACAGCAGCUGCGCAGGUCAACCAGGAUGUCCCAUUCGAACGCAUCGUCUCAGCCCUGAUGCCUGGCUCAAGAGACACGUCCCGAAAUCCACUAGUGCAGCUCAGCUUUGCUCUUCACUCACAGCAUAACCUUGGAAGAAUCGAUCUCCAGGAUCUGACAGGAGAAGCUCUUCCCACACCAGUGUCCACCAGACUGGAUGUAGAGUUCCAUCUUUUCCAGCAAGCUGAGAAGUUAGGUGGUAGCGUACUGUUUGCAACAGACUUGUUUGAGCCUGAGACUAUUCAAGGACUGGUCUCCGUCUUCCAGGAGGUCUUACGCCGAGGACUUGAGCAACCCCAAACGCCUAUUGCAGUCUUGCCCCUUGACAGCGCGUCCGAGGAUCUUCGCAGCAUGGGUCUGCUCCAAAUGGAGAGAACCAACUAUCCACGGGACUCUAGUGUGGUUGAUAUCUUCCGUGAUCAGGUGGCAGCCAAUCCUAGAGCAAUAGCCGUCAAGGAUUCAGUCUUAGAGCUGACCUACGCUCAGCUGGACGAGCAAUCUGACCGGUUGGCUGCCUGGCUUUGCCAACAUAACAUUCCGGCAGAGACAAUCGUUGGCGUUCUGGCUCCUAGAUCUUGCGAGACAAUUAUUGCCUUCCUCGGAAUCCUCAAGGCCAACCUCGCAUACUUGCCAUUAGACGAUAAUGUUCCAGCUGCUCGCAUUGAGACUAUAUUGUCCACAGUCCCUGGCCACACAUUAGUCCUACUCGGCUCACAUGUGGCUGCUCCAAGCAUUGGAUCAGCAGAUGCUGAAUUCGUCAAGAUCAAUCAUACUUUAGGCCACAGUUUGCAACUCAACAGCACAUGCGCCAAGUUGCAGCCCUCCGCUGCAAGCCUUGCAUAUGUUAUCUUUACAUCUGGGUCGACAGGCAAGCCUAAAGGCGUUAUGAUUGAGCACAGAAGCAUUGUGCGACUUGUCAAAAACAGCAAUACCCUCGCCAAGCUCCCACGAGCCGCUCGUGUCGCUCAUCAGUUCAACCUUGCCUUCGACGCAGCAAACUACGAGAUCUAUGGUACACUGCUGAAUGGGGGUGCCCUGAUCUGUGUCGAUUACUCCACCCUCUUGGACAUUGAUGCUCUCGUGGCCAUGUUCAAGCGAGAGAAGAUCACCGCGUCCUCGCUGUCUCCUGGCUUGCUCAAGCAGUGUGUGAACAGUGCACCCGAAAUGCUCAGGGCUUUACAGGUGAUCUACACGGGUGGAGACCGACUCGAUAGUCGCGAUGCCAUUGAGUUGCAAGCACUUGUUCCCGGAGGCGUUUACAACAUGUACGGACCUACCGAGAACACGGUCAUCAGCACGCUUUACAAUCUCAGCGACAAGCAUUCGUAUGUGAAUGGCGUUCCCAUUGGAACAGCCGCCAGCAAUUCGGGAGCCUACGUUAUGGAUGCCCUGCAACAGCUCGUCCCUCUCGGAGUAAUGGGAGAGCUCGUCGUCACUGGGGAUGGACUUGCUCGAGGGUACACUGAUCCGGAACUAGACCGCAACCGAUUCAUCAAGGUCAACAUCGAUGGUCAGGUCGUGAGGGCGUACCGAACAGGCGAUCGUGUCCGCUACCGAAGAAUAGACGGUCAAUUGGAAUUCUUCGGGCGCAUGGAUCAGCAAAUUAAGAUUCGAGGCUUCCGUAUCGAGACGGCGGAAGUUGAGAACGCCAUGCUCAGUCACAGCGCAGUUCGCAAUGCUGCUGUUGUCGUCCCUACCCAGGACAUUCAAGAGAAGGGAAUGAUUGGUUUCGUGGUGAUUGAGAACAAUACACCCAAGAACGGGGAGAGCCAGGAAGAACACUUGCUACAAACUGAAUUGGCGAUCCUCAACCGGAUGAAGAGCAUCCUUCCUCCUUACAUGCUCCCAUCUCGCAUCAUCAUCCUUGAUCAGAUGCCUUCGAAUUCCAAUGGAAAGGUCGAUCGUAAAGAGCUUGAUCGCAUGGCUCAGAGCGCACCUAGACAGAAGACUACGGCAGGGCGCGUAGUUCCCCGCAAUGAAUUGGAGACUGCGCUCUGUAAGGAGUUCGCUGAAGUGCUCGGCGUUGAGGUCGGCAUCACUGACAAUUUCUUCGACCUCGGUGGGCACUCGCUACUGGCAACCAAGCUCGCAGCUCGCAUUAGCCGCCGGCUGGAUAUUCGCGUGUCUGUUAAAGACGUAUUCGAUCAGCCUGUGCCCGCAGAUCUAGCACUCAAGGUUUCGUCUUACAUGUCCCAAGGUCAUGCAAUGGACAACGGAGCCUUGUCGACAACGAACAGCAUCCCCUUCCAGCUACUACAUUCUGAAGAUUCGCAGAAAAUCAUCGACCGCGACAUUGUCCCGCAACUUGCUCAUCAGUCAGCCAAAAUCGUGGAUGUCUAUCCUGUUACGUGGAUACAAAAGCACUUCCUUGUUGAUCCAGCAACAGGACUUCCACGUGCACCAUCACUCUUCUUUGUCGAUUUCCCAGCCAACGCUGACUGCGACAAAGUAUGCAAUGCGAGUCGGUCUCUCAUUCAGCUUUUCGAUAUCUUCAGGACUGUCUUUGUUCAGGCUGCCGGCAAUUUUUACCAAGUCGUUCUGGAAGAGCUUGACGUACCCAUCUCGGUCAUCGAAACCGAGGAAGACAUCAGUACUGCAACUCGUGUCCUGAAGGAACAGGAUCAACAAAAUCCGCUCCAAUUCGGACAAGCAUUCUUACGCUUUGCAGUCGUGAAGACGAGGUCAGCUGUGCGCUUGGUACUUCGCAUCUCUCAUUGCUUGUACGAUGGCUUGAGUUUCGAGCACGUUGUGCAAUCACUUCAUGCUUUGUAUAAUGGCGACCGCAUCCCAACACAACCCAAGUUUGUUCAGUAUGUUCAGCAUCUGACUGACAGCCGCAAAGAAGGUUACGAUUUCUGGCUAUCUGUCCUGGAGGAGUCCUCGAUGACAGUCGUAGAGACUGGCCGUCGCGCUCAACAACCAUCAUCACCUGAGGGUGCUUGGUUCGUCGAGAAGAUCAUCAAGGCUGUUGUCCCAGCCAACUCAGAUGGCAUUACGCAGGCAACAGUAUUUACCACUGCUUCCACCAUCCUGCUUGCCAGAAUGACCGGAUCGAGCGACAUCACCUUCAGCCGACUCGUAUCUGGGCGUCAAUCUUUGCCGAUCAAUGACCAACAUAUCGUCGGCCCUUGCACAAACAUCGUCCCCGUGCGUAUUCGCAUGACUGAUCACACUAAUGCAAGAGAACUUCUCGGCAUGGUGCAAGACCAAUACAUCGACAGCUUGCCGUUUGAAACGUUAGGAUUCGAUGACAUCAAAGAGAACUGCACUAAAUGGCCAGCGUCGACUACAAACUACGGCUGCUGCAGCACAUUCCAGAACUUCGAGAUGCAGCCUCAAAGUCAAGUCCAGGACGAACGUGUUCGAUUGGCUGGUUUGACAAAUCCCGAAGAUGCAGAACCACUAAAUGGCGCUACCGCUCCAAACAAGAGAGUUCUAGAUGACGCACCAAUGCAUGAGAUUGAUAUGAUUGGAAUCCCUGAGCCGGAUGGACUUCAUGUACGAGUUGUCCUUACCGCUAGCAGGCAGAUUUUCGAGGAGGAGGUUGUGGACCGCAUGCACGAAGAGUUCUGCGAUAUCAUCUUGGGUUUGAACAAGAUGUUGUAAAAAUAGCUCACCAAGGAAAUGGUCACAUCAUUUGGCAUUUUAUGAUCUUGACUAGGAUUCCGUGGUCAUUGAAUACCCACCCGGAACUUCACAGCUCGGAUCUUGAUUAGUUAUUGUUAUUACCUUUGUUUUGCAGUUUAAGGAGUAGGCGUUUUUGCUUUUUGUUAUAUCAAGGUAGAUAGGCG